AUGCCUGGAGACAACGGCUUAGCCAUGAGCAGGACAGCAUCUUCCUCCAGCAUCCAGGUGGCGGAUCUCUCAGGGCCACCACCAACACCAGCCUUAGUUCCUCCAGCAAAGGCAAAGAGCGUGUCUCCAGCUCCCGAUGUAUCCCCAAAGCCUUUGCCGGCCGAAGGAGCUGGAGCCGGAGAAGCAGAAGACGGGCCAGGUGCUGAGAAGUUCAUCAUGCAUCCCACCAGCGUAUAUAUUGUCAUCUCAGAGCCCAAACACCAGAGUGAGAAGUUCCACUGGGGUAUCAUUGUGGCCCGCGGCCAACAGGAAGGCGUUCUCUACCACCUCGUCUUCGAUGGCAGCCGGUGGGAGCUGAAAAUCGAAGAGAACAAGGAUAUCUCUGCGGACAAGGCCGUCAUCCUCUUACUGAAAGUUGGAGACGUGCCUGAAGUCUCUCGGCAAUGGAUCGAAGCUAUUCAGGAGUGCAUCACCACUGCAAAUGUCCCCCGAGCCACCAUGGGAGAUAUUUCCUGCCGUACCUUUGCCCUGGCUGCCACCUACGAGCUGGGCAAUGGCGGCUUCAUCAAGAUAUACCCGAACUGGAACAAAGUGAAGGGUAUCGAGAGAGAGGCGUAUCAGUUUGCCUGGCAUGCCGGCAACCUUGGACGCCGUCUGGUAGUUGCUAGCCAAUGGAGUGGCCUUUGA